GGUUUGUCAGUUAGCAAGCUAGUCCACAAUAUCCCGAGGCCCUGUCUAAACAUCUCAAUUUAGCUCAAAAACAAGCUGUACUUGACAGCUUGUACUUAAUUAUAUCGAAGUGUAUCAAGUAAUUUGCGCGUGGACUUUGUAUUCUCAUUUAUAAUAGAUUUUAGUCACGUAAAUUUCGACUACAGAUCAAAAAGGGGCAAGGCCAACUGAAGAAUGGCUGAGCAAAGGAAUGGCUAUCAUCAGCUGACCAAUGAGGAGGAGACAGGUGAGGUACCUCAAGAGGCCACCGAUGCCCCACCGCCAUACCACAGCAUUGCUUCUGAUAAUGCAGCAUAUCCUAACUACAAAGAUGAUGGGGUGUUUCCCAGUCCGCCCUCAUACAACGUAGCUACAUCAUUGCCCUCAUACGAUGAAGCUGAGAGGACCAAAGUGGAGUCCACAGUUCCUCUCGUCACUGCUGGGGAGGAUGAUUUUGUGGCCCGGGAUGACUUUGACGAUGCUGACCAGCUGCGAGUUGGAAAUGAUGGUGUUUUCAUGCUAACCUUUUUCAUGGCAUUCCUGUUCAAUUGGAUUGGCUUCUUCCUGUCUUUCUGCUUGACCACCUCAGCCGCAGGGCGCUAUGGUGCUAUCUCGGGGUUUGGCCUGUCUCUCGUCAAGUGGAUCCUUAUUGUCAGGUUUUCCACAUAUUUUCCUGGAUACUUUGAUGGGCAGUACUGGCUGUGGUGGGUUUUCCUUGUUUUGGGAUUCCUGCUGUUCUUUCGAGGAUUCAUCAAUUACUCCAAGGUGCGCAAAAUGGCAGACGCAUCUUUUUCCACUCUUCCUCGAACCAGAGUCCUCUUCAUCUACUGAAGAUUAUGGUGAGCUUAAUAAAAAAGAAUAAAUCAACACAAUUGCAAAAUCCAGAACAAGCCUCAUCAGAAAUCUUCAAAUGUGCAGGAUCCACACCUCAGAAGGUUAUGGUUGCUUUAAAGCCUGUAUACCAUUCAUCAGUGAAUGGCUUCUUCUUUUAGAUGCACUUAUAGUAGCAAAUGCUGAUAGUCCUGCUAUUGUAUAUUCAGUAGGUGCACUACCCAGAGCCAUUUACAUUCAACUCUGAUUUAUCUGUUAUGCCUUAUGUCUUACAGCUUACAGUCAGCAUGCAUUAUACUAUUUCAAGUUCCUGUAACCUUCAUUUCAUUAAGAUAUCACAUUAAACAGUGAGUAAUGUGUAAAUUAUGGGGGGUGUUGGCUUUCUCUUACAUAAUUUUGGAAAAAAAAAAAAAAAGGACGAAUAAUGAUAUAACUUUGUGAGUAAAUUUGUUAACCAAAGUAACACAGCAUUAGAUAUAUGAAGUUGUAUUAUGAUAGAAUGUUACAAAAAUGUGCACUUUUUAAAUGUUGUCAAGCAGUGCUACAGACAUGGCCUUGUAAGUUUGACUCACUGUACUCACUGUAGCAAAACAAAGGGAUAUGCAAAAUCUGUAUCUCUGAAUGCAGUUUGGCUUCAAAUCUUUUUGUAAUACACUAUGACAAGUGGACCAAAACUGUUGAUCAGAUGUCUUUCAAAUAAAAGAAGUUAGCAAAAUUCACAGUCAUACCUCUGUACAAGCAAUAGCUUGUUCCUCCAGUACUCCACAAUAUAGAAACCGACAGGAUAAUUAUGCCAAACGUAGGACCAGAUAAAACAUUCAUUGUUUUAUAUUAAUGAUUUUACUAAAAGGGAUAUCCAUUAAGUUGUGAUGCAUUAUCGAUUUUGUUGUUAUUGAAUGUUUUACAAAAUUGUAAAGUUGCUUUGAAUAAAUGUCUCUUCUAAAGCAA